AUGGACGAGCCCAUCGACGCCCGCAUGGAGGCCAAGCUCCGUGCUGCCCUCGCCAUCGAGCACCUCGAAAUCGUCGAUACAUCGGGCAACUGCGGCGGCGCGUUCGCGCUUGUCAUCGUCUCGCCCGACUUUGCAAAGAAGAUGACUCUGGCUCGUCACAAGAUGGUCAAAGUCCCAACCCCUCGCUGCUUCCCUCCUACCGACUUUGUCAGCCGCUCACCACCUGUCCCAGUGAACCAGAUCCUUGCCGAGGAGAUCACCGAGCUGCAUGCCUUCUCACAGAAGACCUUCACCCCCGAGCAGUGGGCCAAGGAGCAGGCCAAGUAA